AUGGUCGACGAUGUCGCUCGUCUCACCUUAGAGCAGCGCGUCGCCGCGUUCACUCCCGAAGAGCGCCGCGAGGCUGCUCGCCAAGAAGCUGCGCGCCUGGAGGCUGAGCGCCUGGAGCAAGAACGUCGUGAUGCCAACGCCCGUGCCUUGGUCGUCGCCGGUGAGGUCGCCGCGGCCACCGCCGCCCUCCACGCUCAAGCGGCGGCGAUUCUCAACAUCAAGUCUCUCGUGCCCAUCGUCCUCGACUUCACGUCGCCCCACUUCAACCGAUGGUGCGGUCUCUUCCUCAACACCCUCGAGCGUUAUGCGCUCGCCGACGACGUGCUCUCGGACGACGAUCGCUCCGACAAUGCCUCGUGGAAGCGCAUGGACUGCACCAUCCUCUCGUGGCUCUAUGGCACGAUCACCCCUGAGCUCCUUGAGGUCGUCAUGAAUCGUGAGGAAGGCCCUCCCACCGCUCGCAUUGUAUGGCUGGGGCUCGAGCAGCAAUUCAUCGGGAACAAGGAGACCCGUGCCCUCCUCCUCGACGCCGAAUUUCGCACCUUCGUCCAAGGCAGUUUGUCGAUCUCCGACUAUUGUCACCAUCUUAAAUCCAUGGCCGACCAACUCGCCGACCUCGGUGAACCUGUUCGUGAUCGCACCCUGGUUCUCAACGUCCUCCGCGGCCUCAACGAUCGGUUCGCCUACAUGGGCGCCCUGAUCCAGCGUCAGCGGCCGUUCCCGACGUUCGCCGAGGUGAAGUCUGACCUCUGUCUUGACGAGAUCAACAUGAAUGCCAAGAAAGGACACUCGCCCCAGGCCCUCGCCGCCUCGGCUCCUCGCGCUCCCACGCCACCACCCUACAAUCCUGCCGCCGGGGCCAACAUUGGUCGCAAGCAAACCCGGCGCGGUGGCAAGAAGAACGGCGGCGCUCCUGGUCCGACGCCCCCGAGCGCUCCCUGGGCUGGUUUCCUGUCGCGGCCCACUACUGCACCGCCGGGGUGGCAGCCUGCCUUCGGCACUUUUCAGGCGUACUAG